AUGGGAGAGCAAGGAGUCGAGCUAAAAGAAUCACCUCCAGUGGUGAAUUCUCACCCGCCAUCUGAAGUCGAAGGGCAGGACCCUCCAGCUGUCCCUGUCCCUGCUGCUCACACAGCUCGCAUGGCACGCAUAGACAAUAUGCCUCGUGUUGGCCGACGAGUGAGCUCGAUAGAAGCUGUCAAGGGAGCUCCACCACCGAAGCGCCAGUCUGUGGUCGUGUACGAGACGCCCGAUUCGCCUCCUGCUCAGUAA